UUUCCACAGUCAAUAGUUAGGUUACAUAAAUUAAAUUCCAAUUGCAAUUCUCUAAAGAAUUGGGACGGGCUCGCAGACGGUUCGCGAUACGUUCGGCUCGCAAGUGUAUACGCUGCUUAAUAUAAGUAUUAUAUGUUUGAGUCAUUGUAAAACCAAUAAUUUAUAAAAAAAAAUACUCGAUACACUGCGUUGGAAUAAUUUAUGUACAUCAUAAAUCGUAUAAAAAAAAUGAACCAGCUAUGUAAAUAAAUUGCCUACAAGAACCAAUUCAGAUUCUAAAUUUUUUGACGAUAUACAAGUCGGAAAAAGACCAUUUUAAAACAGUAAAUUUAAAAAGCCGACCAAGUCCCUAAUAUUUUUUUAGAAAUUCUAUCAGUUUAUUAAAUAGAUAAAAAUGAAUUUUUUCUGUGUUUUAAUAGCAUGUGUUUUUGUAAAUGUUUCUACAGAUAUAUUGGACUUUAAGAGGGUGGUUGCCAUUACAAACUUAGUCAUCAAAAUGGCUUCUGACCGACAUUAUGUAUUUGGAAAUGGAUUGGAAUAUAUUAUUAAAUCAUUUAUAUAUGACGACCAAAUUACAAUGGAAGUCAUGAGUAUAUUGUUCGCUGUACCGGAAAAGGCAGACCUUACAAACAUGCAGAUUUAUAUGGAUCAACAGAUACAACUGCAACUAGAAAUAAUUGAUUCAUUGUUUCUUCCUGUGCCUAAUAAUCCAGGCCCAAACUUGUUUUGUGCAGAUUAUGGUGACAUAAAUUUAACCGAUCUUGGAGAAGCAAGAAGAUAUCUUACUGGAAAAGCUUUAAGAAAUAUAAUCAUUUUUGCGAUAGAUAGAUACGAAUCAUAUAUAUCUUUUGGACGCUUGUGUCGUUUUUUAGGGGUGUGGAUAAGUACAAAAACCCCAACUAUGUAUAUAACAUCUGCUGAAGUUGACACUUAUAGAUGUUGUGUCUUAAAAGAUAAAGCCGAUCACAUUACAAAAUACACAUUCAUUGAUGACGCUUAUUGGCAAGUAGACGCCGAAAACAUUGAUUUUAAAAUAAUAGAACUAAAAGAACAACUACUCGAGGAAGAGGUAUCAGUGAUCACAGUCAGAUAAUUUCGACCAAAAACCAAAAGUAUAAGUCUUCUAAAAUUAUAGAGUACUAUUGUUCUUGUAUUUAAAUCAUUUUUCUACAUUGCACUAAUACCAAAUCAUUAAUUAAUUCAUUGUAUUUCAAAAUAAACUGUUUUACUUACGAUUAUAAACUCAUUUUAUGUUUAUAA